UCGAGCACGAGGAUAGUUAGACAUUUAAUUGUUUUUAGUUUUGAUUUGAACAACAUCCUACAGUUCCCCGUGUUAACUAAAAUGAAAGUAAAAGUUAUUACAAGGAACCCUGAUAGCACUAGGGAGUACGUGCGUGCGUUGAAUGCUACCAAACUGGAAAGAGCGUUUGCGAAGCCUUUCGUCGGUAAUCUUGAUGGUCAUUGUGAUGGCGUUUCUAUCAUAUCCAAGAACUACGCUAAAAUAUCUUUUAUUGCGAGUGGUGCUUACGACGGCAAUGUCAAGCUGUGGUAUGUGGCUGAUAAAACAUGUAUGAUGAGUAUUAAUGCCCAUGUCGGAUAUUGUCGAGGAAUUGCAUUCAGCUCCGACGAAUCCAGCAUUAUUACGAUUGGCGACGAUAAGAAAAUUAUGACAUGGAAUUUUAAUAUCAACGGGACAGGAGAUUAUAUUGUUAAGCCAGCGAACAUGAUAAUAACUAAAACUGUUCUAGCAUCGCUAUCCCACAGCUACGAGGGGCCUAACUUUGCAACAAGUGGUGAAACUUGCCAUAUCUGGGACGAAAGUCGCAACGAACCUUUGAAGGAACUAAAAUGGGGUGUAGAUUUACUGCAAGACAUUAAGUACAAUCCAAUCGAAACAACACUUCUUGCGGCAUGUGGUUCGGAUCGAGGGAUAAUAUUAUAUGAUCAACGUGAAACAAACCCCAUCCGCAAAAUUGUGAUGACUCUACGUUCUAAUCAGCUUUCGUGGAAUCCAAUGCAAGCAUUUUAUUUCACUGUAGCUAACGAAGACUAUAAUCUUUACACGUACGAUAUUAGGCGGUUUACACACCCGUUAAAAAUACACCAUGGUCACGUAGGCCCAGUUACAUCGGUAGAUUAUGCUCCUACUGGAAGAGAAUUUGUUUCCGGAAGCUAUGAUAAAACCAUUCGUAUAUUUGACGCAGCAAAGGCUAAUAGUAGAGAAAUAUACCACACAAAACGCAUGCAACACGUCACGUGCGUCAACUGGAGUAUGGAUAAUAAAUAUAUUUUCUCCGGAUCCGAUGAGAUGAAUCUUCGUGUAUGGAAGGCAAAUGCAGCCGAAAAAUUGGGAUCAUUACAAAUGCGUGAAAAGAAUGCAUUUAACUACAAUACUGCUCUCAAGGAAAAAUAUGCAGCUCAUCCAUCUGUAAGACGUAUCGCCCAGCAUCGCCAGAUACCGAAAAUCGUUUUUAAUCAACAGGCUAAAAUUCGCACCGCAAAGCUUAAGAAUAAAAAGAAGGAGGAAAACAAACGCCGAAAUUCAAAGCCUGGUAGUGUACCUUACGUAGCAGAAGCUAAAACUAAGGUUGUUAGAUCUGAACACUAGCUCAAACGUUCCCUUAAUUUUUCCGCAUUGAAAUAGGUCAUCUUGUUCAAUAAAUACAAAUUAUGUAUCAUUUA